AUGACGAGGAGCGCACGCAAUGGGGAGCUCUUCCUCAGCGCUCGAUCGGCUCCCGCCAGCCAACCCGUCUUUCCGGCCGAGACACACCCGCGACUCUCCAUCAUGACUCCCACCCGGUUGCUGCUCGGAUCCGUGGCCUCCAGCAUGGUUGGAUUCUCGCUCGGAGCACUCCAGGGCGGCCAGAUGGCACAGCUGCGGUUCCGGGCAGAGCAUGCACACAAGAUGCCCGACACGACGGCCGGAUGGUACCUCUAUCACAAGUCCAAGAAUUAUCACGCCAUGCAGGGCGGCAUCCGCGAGGGCUUCCGCAUGGGCUUCAAGACGGGCAUCUGGAGCCUGGUGGCCCUCUCGCUGGAGAGCACCGUGGACCGUUAUCGGGGGAGCAGCGACAUGUUUUCGACGGUUAUUGCGACGCUUACCGUCGCUGGCGCUUUUUCACUCUGGCAUCGGUUCUCGCUUUCGACCGCUGCGCGCACCGCAAAGUACGGGCUUGUCUUUGGGUUGGCGUACGGAGGCGUCCAGGAUUUGGUGGGCUUAGCCCGCGGCAGACCGAUUGGCUAUGUGGAGAUGAUCCGACGUCGGUUUAGCUCUGGGUCACGCGAAGGCGAUGGCGAUGCCAGUGGCCAACAACGAGCGCCGUGAGCAGCCGCU